AUGAUGACCACGCUGAUGGUUUCUAUGGUAACAGCUGCUCUGUGUGUUAACAUCUGCUCCUCCAUCACCGUGACAACCACACACAACAAAGAACAGGAAGUUCUGAAUGCACUCAGAAAUCUCAGCCACCCUGCCCUCUCACCAGCAGCAAAGACUUCUGGGAGUUUAUGUGGUCAUAAGGAGCGACCAACUGAUGGAAAGUUCUGGAGGCCGGGAUGGAGGAUGUGUGAUUGGCUCCACCCACAAAGCCCAGUUAGACGGCAGGAAGUGACAUCAUACAACCUGAACUCCUAUGGUCUGAGAUACGGGAAGAGACAGAAUGCCGGUGGCUGACCGCGCUCGCCAUUUCAUAAUUAUUGUUUUAUUUAGAAUAAAGCUGUGGCCUAGGAUUUUAUAUUUAGAUUUUUUCUUAGAUAUUUAAUUUAAAUGUGUGAAUAAAGUUAGAACCCUGUGAUUUUA